AUGGCCUUCUUUAAAGUCUCCGCGAACUCGGCGAAGAAGACGCCUGUGCUCAAAGAUUCUGGUGCGCCGGUGGUUGGUCAGCUCGCGAGCCUGGAGGCCUUCGUGAAGGCAGUCGCCUCAAAGUGCAACUUCGCUGCGACGCAGAUGGAGCAAAAGGCUGCCGAGGUCGCCAACGUCAAGCAGGGACCGUUGCUUUCAGUGCGGAAUCGCCUGCUGGAGGUGAAAUCCAAGCUCAACACGGAGAACGCGGGUAUGGACGCGCUGAGAAAGAAGGUCUCAGAUGCCAAGGCCGCUGCUGAGAAGGACAGAGAGGCGGAGGUCCAUGAGCUUCGCGAGGGACAGUGCAAGGCCUUUGCUGAACACUCCGUGCGUCGCGGCAGCGAUGCCGUGGAGUCCGCGGAAGCCCUCGUCGAGAAGGCCUGCCGAGAGGAUCUCAAAGCAG